GACGUUUGGGAAUCCCUGCGUUCGGAUAUAAACCAGCUCCAACACAACUUUGGGUGGCGCCAGAGCGCAAGAAAAGAGGCGGUGUGUGAAAAACCAACACAACUCACGGGUUAAUCUGCCUGGAGAAUCACUUUGUGGCUUCGGCCGUCUCCACAUCCCGCUGGAUGAUGUGUGAAUUUCUUCAGCGGGUGGUUGGACUUGCCACCUGCCAGGAAUGGUAAACAGGCUAGAGCGGCGAAGACUGCGCCGACCUCUCCCACUUUUUCACUGGAAAACGUUGACAUUUUUAUUGUUAUUUUUUUUAUGUUCAGGGUCGCCUGCAGUAGUGAAAUAAACACGGAUAACUUUGUGUUGCCGGCUGCGCAGGAGAAAGUGAGCCAAACAGAAACUGGCAGUGCUGAGAUUAUUAACGGAGUCUCUGAGCGCCCGGUGCUGUGCCCGACCCCUCUCGCUUUGAAGAUUAGAGGGUUGACGGCGUCUGAAGGACACUAAGAACAGGAUUAGGUAUUGUGCAGGCUAACCUACUUCUCAUCACUCCUACAUCUUGUCCUCUGAAUAUUUGCGCAGUGACCUUUGGUGCACUUGGAAUACAUAUACAGCGGGUGCGCCCCUGAGGUCUGUGUGAAUUUGACUAAAGGGCGAGAUGUGGUGUGAUCACAGGAACUCAAAUCAGGUGGGCAGGCAAUAAGGCUUGACAGAAGAUGCAACGGGGGUGGUGGCUCGUCAGAUGGCUGGGGACAGGAAUGGCAGUCCUCUCUUUGCUAACCCACAGCUGGGGCCAGGACACAGAAGACUGGCAGUAUGAGGAAUGUAAGCUGUCCCGACCAGGCCCCCCUGCAACCAUAGUGACCAUUGACGAGGAGAGCCCCAACGGUACAGUUCUGGUGGAAAACAUGCAGAUAAAUGGCCGAGCCCAGGACCCAGGCAGAACCAUCUCGCUGAUGUUGCUGGACAACUAUGACUACUGGGUGAUACUGGAACCAGCACGACAGAGGCUCUACCUCAACAGCACCGGGCGCGUUCUGGACAGAGAUCCUCCCAAUUACAUCACCACCAUUGUGGUUCAGGUCCAGUGCACCAAUGAGCUGGUUGGCACUGUCAUUUUGCACGAGGUGCGGAUAGUUGUGAGGGACAGGAAUGACAACACUCCUCGCUUUCAGCAGCCACGCUACUAUGUCGCAGUAAACGAGCUCACACCAGUUGGAACAACCAUUUUCACUGGCUUCUCAGGAAAUAAUGGCGCUACAGACAUUGACGACGGACCCAAUGGACAUAUAGAAUACAGCAUCCUUUACAACCACAAUGACCCGGAUUCUAACAGAACUGUGAGUGUCGCAAACACUCUUUCAGGACACAUCAUUCUGGCGGAGAGGCUAAACUAUGAGGAGAGAACUCGCUACCUGGUUUUGGUCCAAGCCAAUGACCGUGCUCCAUACCCCCCCAACAGACGAUCGGCUACCACGACUCUGACUGUGGAUGUUCUGGACGGAGACGACCUGGGCCCCAUGUUCCUCCCUUGUGUUUUGGUGAACAACACCCGUGACUGCAAUCCCCUCACCUACCGCGUUGCUAUCCCUGAAUUCACUGAACCGAGCAAACUGAAUCCACUGAAUGUGACUCCUCCGAUCCGGGCAGUGGACAUGGACAGAAACAUACAGCCCCCGUCAGACAGACCUGGCAUUCUUUACUACAUCCUGGUUGGUCAUCCAGUCACAUAUCCGGAGUAUUUCUCCCUGAACAGAACCACUGCAGAGCUGCGCGUUCUUCAGCCUAUCAGCAGGGACUUGUAUCAAAGGUUCACACUCAUCAUCAAGGCUGAACAGGACAAUGGUCACCCCCUCCCAUCCUAUGCUGACCUCAUUAUCGAAAUCCUGGAUGAGAACAACCAGGCACCGUAUUUCCAGUUUGAGACCUAUCAGGGCUACGUGAGUGAGUCCUCCCCUGUGGGUACGACUAUCUCAGCCAGUGCCAACCUCACUGCCCCCCUGGGAAUCAUAGCUCUGGACAAUGACAUUGAAGAGACGAAAGACCCAAUGGUGAAGAUUACCCUGAAUGACUACACCACAAUCUUCAGCUUGACCCCAACUGGGAUAAUCCGCUACCUGAGGCUCCUCAAACCUGUGGACCGGGAGAAGCAGAUGGCCUAUACAUUGACGAUGGUGGCAUCAGAUGGCGUCCAGAAGAGCAGCCCAGUAACUGUCAACAUACUGGUCCUUGAUGCCAAUGACAAUACACCCACGUUUGCCGAGGUCUCCUACAGUGUGGAAGUCUUUACAGACAUGCAGCCGGGGGAGACGGUGCUACAGUUAACAGCAGUAGAUGCUGAUGAGGGACUGAAUGGUCUGGUGACCUAUGAGAUACUGGCUGGUGCCCAGGGAGAUUUCAUCAUUAGUAAUCGGACUGGACGCAUCACUGUGGCACCUGGUGUCACUUUAACUGUGGGGCGAUCGUACGCCCUGACUGUCAAGGCCUCUGACAACGCACCAGAGACCCAGAGAAGGAGCUCCAUCACAACAGUGUACAUUGAGGUUUUACCACCCAACAACCAGAGCCCCCCACGCUUCCCCCUCUUCACGUACAGCUUGGAAGUCAGUGAGGCCAUGAGGAUAGGAGCUAUUCUGCUCAAUCUGCAAGCCACAGACAGAGAAAACGAUCCCAUCACAUACCGAAUUCUUAGUGGGGAUUCCCAGAACGUCUUCAACCUCUCUGAAACGAUUGGCCUUCUACUUCUGGGCAAGCCUCUGGACCAAGAGACCACUGAUCAGUACCGUCUGGUUGUCACAGCCUCUGACGGCAACCCUGGAGGGACAUCCACCACCACUGUGAACAUCGUCGUCACUGAUGUCAAUGAUAACGAUCCUGUGUUUAACCUCACCACACCGACUAAUUUUACUGUGCAAGAAGAACAGGCCAAUUUGUUCGUAGGACAAGUCAGGGCCACAGAUCCAGAUGCAGGGGCUAAUGGCCAAGUGCGCUACCGGAUUGUGAAUCAUCCUGACUUGUUUAUAAUCAGUGAAAAUGGCAGCAUCUAUACAAGAGUGCCUCUGGAUCGGGAGCUUAGGAGCCAAUAUGACGUGGUGGUAGAGGCCUCAGAUGGGGCAGUGGAUCCACGUCGGACGACCUUGACCCUCUCAGUCCAGAUCACAGAUAUUGACGACAACAGCCCAGUCUUUUCCCAGCAAACGUAUGUGGUGAACGUACCUGAGAACAGCCCUGUGGGAACUGUGGUUCUCCAGCUAAGCGCAGUGGACUCAGACCUCUUUUCCAAUGUCACGUAUCGGGUCAAGACCGAGUCGGCCAGGCAGCUUUUCUCUCUGAACCCUGUCACAGGGGAGUUAGCUGUGCUGCAGACCCUGGACUUCGAGGACCUGGCAGCUAUGGGCAUGGGGGCUUCUUACACUUUCCAGGUGGAAGCUGUCGACCAAGGAGGGGUCAUGCCUCCAGGGCAAGCUACAGUCACGGUCCGCAUCACGGACAUGAAUGACUUCUCUCCCAUCUUUAGCCAAGACCUGUAUAAGGGCAUGGUUGCACCGAAUGCAGAAAAAGGAACUGUCAUCACAACCGUGUUUGCUGACGACCAAGACCCACCUGGUACUCCGGCCAGUUUUGUCCGCUACAGAGUGGACCAGGACAGGUCACCAUACAGUGGGAGCAUCUUUGAUGUGGAAGAGAAAACUGGAAGAGUCAUCACCAGGGUCAACCUCAAUGAAGAGCCCAGUGUCACCUUUAAGUUGUUUGUGAUAGCCUAUGAUGAUGGGGAGCCGGUGAAGUCGAACAGUACUUUGGUGGAGAUCACCGUCCUUCAGCCUUCUCGCAUCCCAAUCUUCACCCAGGAAGAGUAUAAGUUUCCUCCAGUUAGUGAGCUGGCUCCAUUUGGCACACCAGUGGGGACUAUUCUGGCUGCUGCUAUCAAUCAAACUAUCUUUUACUCCAUUGUGGAAGGAAAUGAACUAGGUCAUUUUCAGGUGAACAACAGGACAGGUGUCAUCUCCACAGCUAAACCUCUGGAUUAUGAGAAUGUGACCAGCUACGUCCUCAGGGUGCAGGCAGACUCCAUGAUGGUUGUCAUGUCCAACCUGCGUGUGCCUUCUAAAACAAACACAGCCAAGGUGUUUAUUGAGGUGCACGAUGAGAAUGACCACCCUCCCGUCUUCUCCAGGAAGCUCUACAUAGGCGGCGUGACAGAGGACACCAAGAUCUUCAGCUCUGUGCUCAAGAUAGUGGCCACUGACAAGGACACCGGAAAUUACAGUGCCAUGGCAUACCGUCUAAUUAUCCCUCCCACACCAGAGGGCCAGGACAGCUUCGUCAUCGAGACCUACACAGGUAUCAUCAAAUCGGCCAUGAUGUUUCGAAACAUGCGCAGGUCCUACUUCAAGUUUGAAGUUAUUGCCACGGACGACUACGGAAAAGGUCUCAGCAGCAGUGCCGAAGUGGUGGUUUCCGUCGUCAAUGCAUUGGACAUGCAAGUUGUUGUAUCCACUGUUCCCCCGACUUUAGUGGAAGAGAAUAAGGAGCAGCUCAUUAGUAUUCUGGAGCGCCACGUCCAGGACCAGAUUCCAGGUGCCAAGGUGAUUGUAGAGUCAAUUGGGCCGCGUCGUCAUGGCGAUGGCUUUGAACUAGAGGACUACAGUAAGUCGGACCUGAUGGUGUACGCCAUUGACCCGCUCACCAACAGGGCUAUUUCACGCCAGGAGCUCUUCAAAUUUCUGGAUGGGAAUGUGCUGGAAAUCAACAAGGAGUUCCAGCCGUACCUUGGCGAGGGAGGCCGCAUCCUUGAAAUCCGCUCUCCAGACAUUGUGGCCAGUGUGAAGAAGGCGGCUCAGGCUGUGGGCUACACAGAAGGAGCUCUCCUGGCUCUGGCCAUCAUCAUCAUCCUCUGCUGCAUCCCCGCCAUCCUCAUCGUCAUGGUCACCUACAAACAGUUCAAAGAGCGACAGGCAGAGUGUGCCAAAACUGCUAGGAUUCAGAUGGCUCUACCACCGGGAGGGAAAGCACCUCCUGCCGUUGCUCCCAGCACUAACCUCUAUGAAGAGCUGGGCGACAGCAGCAUCAGGCGAGGCUACGGCAGACAGCAACAGCAACUGCUGAGACCGUCUCUUCUGAGACCUGAGGAACUGUCCAUGGAGUCAGGUAUUGACCCGGGCCAAGACUACUACACACAGGACUACUAUAAUUAUGACCAAGGGUAUGACCUUCCUCAGUACGGCAGUCGGAGGAGGCUGAUAUCUCCCAUGUAUGAUGAGUAUGGAGAGGUGAUCAUGGAAGAUGAUGGGUAUUACUACAGUCCACAUGGCCCUGAGCCUGGGAGAAAGAAGCUACUUAAGCUGGUGCUAGAUCGGGAGAAUGAGACCACCUCCACAGGAGAGGAGAGCACCACAGACACCCAGCGAAACCGACUCCCCAACAGCCACAGCAACAUCAACGGGAAUAUCUACCUCGCACAAAAUGGCACUAUCGUCCGAACUAGGAGGCUGUUACACCCAAACAACCUGAAGUUGGGCUCUCCGUGCCGUCUGAGUAAGCAUUUUAAAAAACUAGACAAGUUAGGUGUGACUCACGAAGAACCCCCGCCUGUUAUUAGCAUUGAGGGUUCAGGAAACGACACAGAAAAUGGAACAGGUACAUGUGUUCCCUCUAACGUGGACGUCAACCUCAACACCCGGUCCUCCUGUGGCUCCCUGGGAUCCACCAUCACUGAUCUUAAAAGUUUUGGGUCUAAAACCGGUAUUGCCAAGGCCUUGAUUGACAGAAACAGCAUUGGCCCGUGUGUGACUGAGGAGCAAGAGACUUCUGUUGACAACCACAAGAACAGUAGGGAGACACUGGAGUCCCACAGUGACCACACAUUAUCAGACGACGAGGAGUUAUGGAUGGGACCCUGGAACAGCCUGCACAUACCAAUGACAAAACUCUGACUGGCCAUGCAGAAAAUUACUUAUCUUUUUGUUAUUUUCCUAUCUUUAUCAUGUUUUUUUUGUUUAGAAAAGGAUUAUUAAAAAAAAUGAUUGUGUGCCUCAACUGGAUAAGCUCCGAUCACUGUCCACCACCAGCCAUUGCACUUACAGUCAGUUUUUGUUUAACCACAAUAUGUUGAAGCUUAUUUCUACUGAGCAUUUAUCACUGACAGGGCUAUUACAGACAGGAACAUAGAGCUGCAAGGCAAUGAGUGCCUCAAAGAAAAAUUUGAUUUUAUGUGAACCGUGACCCUAAUUUAAAUUUUUUUUAAACUCAGAAGAUGGGCCUCUUUUGUUGAGUGAUUCAAUGUUUAACUUUCUUUUCUCAGCCUCAAUUUUUUUUUUUCAUCCCGAAACAGAUCACAAAGAGAUUGUCAUUAAUUUCACUACAAUGUUCAAGAUAUUUACAGAGAAAUCAUGGUGAACAUAUGAAGAAAUUGUGAUUAUAUAGUCUAUGAUAAAGUAAAAGAAACUUAUUUUGCUAAUAGAAUUUUACUUGCAAAUAAUCAAGAUUGUCAUUGAUUAUUUUAUGUUGUGAUCACUUGACAAUGUUUUUGAAAAUUUCUGGAUAAAUAUAUGAAAUUAUUUUUGUCUAUUUUGUAUCUAACAGAGAUGAAGAAUUUAACAUAUGACAUUAAAAACAUAAUACCCACA